AUGGGUCCCCAGAUCAAGAUGUUCGCCGGGUCACUUUCCACCUGCACACGGCCAACCUUGUCGGGACCGCUAGCCACCUUUUCUCUAUCACGAUGCUUCUCUACCACUCCGCGCGCCCUUGACUGGCUGACGCCGAAAUUCCAAGAAAAGUCCAAAUCGCCCAAGGGCCGCCCUCACGUCGCGACCGGCGGUUCCAUCCGAGGAACGACAGUCGUGUGGGGAGACUUCGGCUUGCGCAUGAAAGACCACGACCGCCGCAUGCCGGCUUCCGCAUUGAAGAUCGCCGAAGAAACCAUCAAGAGGCGACUACGAGGAAUGAACUAUAAGCUGUACAAACGUGUCAGUGCCAAUAUUGGUGUUUACACUAAGGGUAAUGAACAGCGUAUGGGUAAGGGUAAGGGUAAGUUCGAUUACUGGACUGUCCGACUGCCCGUGAGCCGAAUUGUCUUCGAAUUGAAGGGAGAUGUCCACGAGAAGGUCGCCCGCGAGGCAUUCAGAUUGGCCGGUCACAAAUUGCCAGGUUUGUUACAUCCACUUGGAACUAACUAUCUGUUGGACACGAAAGAUGCUCAUUAUUAUUCACUAGGUCUCUGGGAAUUCGUCAACAAAAAUGACCCCCCUGUCGUCGGUAUUACAAAGCUCGGAAACGGUGUCACUCUUGAGUCUCUCAAGCGGGCGCGCAGAAACCCGCCCCUCGGUACCGAUGAGCUCGCCUCAGCCCCGAAGAGUGCGUCCUCGAGCUCCGAGCCCACCCAAUAA